CGAUCUGCGUGAACUGUGCCGUCCUUCAGCUCGCGCGAGACGGAUAUCUUUUCCUCGCGCCUCUUAUCGCACGGCGUCGUGCGCAGCGCGCGAGGGCCCCUCGCGGAAAGACACGGACGUCACUGCUCUCAGUUUCUUCACAGUGCUGACUUUCAGUUCGCCUCAGAUGCUGCUCGGACCCGCAGCCUCGCGGAGCGCCUCGUUUUCGUGUCUUACCUCUCAAACAACGGACGAUAACGGGAAUGAAUAACGAAAAGCGGGAAUUUAUCGUGAACGGGAGCGGUGGGAAUAAGGAAAACACUCCGCCGGAAUGACCCCACACAAACAGACGCGUCUCCUCGUGCUGCGCUCGUGAAGCUCAUUCACAGACGGAUUCAAAGGGGCGCGCGAUCAGGCGGCUCGCGACCACAAACGGACGUCAAUCAUGCCGGUGCGACGGGGUCACGUUGCGCCGCAAAAUACAUUUCUGGGGAUUAUAAUUCGCAAAUUCGAGGGUCAAAACAAGAAAUUUGUCAUAGCCAACGCACGUGUCCAGAACUGUGCCAUCAUCUACUGUAACGAUGCCUUCUGCGAAAUGACGGGGUUUUCCAGGCCGGACAUCAUGCAGAAGCCAUGCACCUGCGACUUCCUGCAUGGAGAGCUGACGAAACGGCAUGCCAUCGCGCAGGUAGCACAGGCUCUGCUGGGCUCGGAGGAACGCAAGGUGGAGAUCACUUAUCACCGCAAGGACGGAUCAGACUUCUUGUGCACAACACACAUCAUUCCAGUAAAGAAUCAAGAGGGCGUGGUCAUGAUGUUCAUCUUGAGCUUUGAUUAUGUGCUAAAUGAUGGCAGCAUGGACUCAUUAGACCGACUCAACCACACCUCUCCAUCCAAACCAGAACAAAAAAAGGGCCGCUUCUUUCGUUUUCGUCUGCUGGCUCCGCUAAGCAUGCUGGGAGUGAGUAAGCAGUCUCUACCCCAGGAAGACCCAGACGAGGUGACCAUCCAUUCAGCCGAUCAGAAUGAGAAACAUUCGUCCUGCUCGUCAUCCGUCUCUCUUUCCCUCUCUCCGCGUGAACUCCACCCACCCACCGGUGAAAGCUGUAGCCCCUCUUACGGAAAUGACACCCGGGCUCUGAUUGGUCAGAGUUAUUUGGGGUCGUGCUCACCAAUCUCAGGGCCACAGGAUCACUCGUCUCCACGGGGCCCCUGGGAACGGGUGGACCCUCGGGAGCCUAUAUUUUCUGCGUCGCGCAGGGCAUCGCGGGCCAGUAUGUGCACGUUUAAGAGAGCAUCAUCUACGCACGAUUUAGAAGGACUCGGCACACAAACACAGAGGACGUACCGUGAUCGGCAUGCUAGUGAAGAUAAUGGGCGUAAUAUUAAAGUAUCACGCUCUUGGAUGGCUGGGGGUCCAUUUAAUCAGAUCAGGUCCAGUCUGUUGGGCUCCACGUCUGACUCAAACCUCAAUAAGUACAGCACCAUCAACAAGAUCCCUCUCAUCACCCUGAACUUCUCCGAGACCAAUAAUGACAAGCGAGCAUCUUCUCCGCAUUCCUCUGAGAAAACCAUUAUCGCACCAAAGGUCAAGGAUCGGACACACAACGUUACAGAGAAGGUCACACAGGUGUUGUCGCUAGGCGCCGACGUUCUUCCAGAAUAUAAGCUUCAGACGCCACGUAUCGACAAGUUCACCAUAUUACACUACAGCCCCUUCAAGGCCGUCUGGGAUUGGCUGAUCCUUCUGCUCGUCAUCUACACCGCCAUAUUCACGCCCUACAGCGCCGCCUUCCUCCUCAACGACCUGGAGGAGCAGAAGAGGCGCGAGUGCGGCUACUCCUGCAGUCCUCUCAACGUGGUGGACCUCAUGGUAGACAUCAUGUUCAUCGUAGACAUUCUGAUUAAUUUCAGGACUACAUACGUCAACACCAACGAGGAAGUGGUCAGCCACCCGGCUAAGAUAGCCGUGCAUUAUUUUAAGGGUUGGUUCCUUAUAGAUAUGGUGGCGGCCAUUCCCUUUGACCUGCUGAUUUUUGGGUCAGGAUCUGAGGAGACCACAACUCUGAUUGGACUGCUGAAAACUGCCCGACUACUGCGGUUGGUCCGUGUGGCCCGAAAGCUGGAUCGUUACUCGGAGUACGGGGCGGCUGUCCUCGUGCUCCUCAUGUGUAUAUUUGCACUUAUCGCUCAUUGGCUGGCCUGCAUAUGGUAUGCGAUUGGCAACGUGGAGAAGCCAUAUCUCGGGCACACGAUCGGCUGGUUGGAUAAUCUGGGGAUGUCUAUUGGAAAGCAGUAUAAUUAUAGCGAUCCCGCCUCCGGCCCGUCAAUCAAGGACAAAUAUGUCACCGCGCUGUAUUUCACGUUCAGCAGUCUGACCAGCGUGGGCUUUGGAAACGUUUCACCGAACACCAACUCGGAAAAGAUCUUCUCCAUCUGUGUCAUGCUCAUUGGCUCUCUGAUGUAUGCUAGUAUCUUUGGGAACGUGUCCGCCAUAAUCCAGCGACUGUACUCGGGAACUGCACGGUACCAUCUGCAGAUGCUCCGUGUUAAAGAAUUCAUCCGCUUCCACCAGAUACCCAACCCGCUCAGACAGAGACUGGAGGAGUACUUUCAACACGCAUGGACCUACACCAAUGGCAUCGAUAUGAACAUGGAGGUAUAGAUUAAUGUUUGCUUCAUUAUCUGAAAUGUGUUUUAUGCAUAUUUCUGUGAAUAUGCACAAGUGCAGUGUUGGUAUUAUACUGUAUAAGGUACAUUGACUCAA